AAUACAACAGUGAGGAAGUGGAGUUGCUGUACAUACAGCAGUUGGCUGUCGGGCAGGUCACAGCGUGAACAUGGCAAACCCAGGAAAAGAUAUCUCCUACAGCGAACUCAAAUGCCUCAUGGAGAAGAGUAAAGACCUUGUGCUUGUGGAUGUGCGCUCAAAAGAUGAAGUAGACAAAGGACGCAUCCCAGGCUCCAUCCAUAUCCCAUUGGACACUGUGGAAAAAGAAUUCUCUUUAGAUACCUGCAAUUUCCAAGAGAAAUUUGGUGUCCCCAAGCCAGAGAUGGAUAGCCUUGACCUGGUGUUUCACUGCCAGUUGGGACGUCGUGGAGGAAUGGCUACUGAGAAAGCCAGAAAACUCGGCUACCAGAAUGCACGGAACUAUGCAGGAGGUUACAAGGAAUGGUCAGAGAAAGAAGGCAAAUGAUGCUGCUCCAGCAUACAGCACAGCUGUCCUUUAACACUAAUUUUGUUGAGUUGUUAAUCUCUCUCAGGAUUGUUGUCAAUGUGUAGCUUGGUCAUAAUAUAUUUGAUAUUUUACAUUACAUUGGAAUACCUCUGGAAUUUUUAGUAAAAACAAAUGUUGUUCAACUUUCAAGUCAAAUUUUUUAAAUGAAAUCAUAUAAAAGGUUUUAAGAGAAAUUAUGCCUUUUUGUACCUUGGCUUUUGUUUUUUCUGACAUUGUCAGUGUUGCCAGAUAUUUUAUUCUACCAUAGUUUUUGGUGUUAAAGUUUAACAGCCUGGGUCUCCUUUGGAACCAGUUUUAUAUAUAAUGUAUAUGUGUACAUAUACACACACUUUCUCUAUCUCAUGUGACAGAAAACGGACGAAGGAUCUCUACUGCCAAUCCUCAUUUCUGCUGAGAUCUCUGAGACAGCUUCUCUUACCUCCUAGCACAGUGUAGCCCAAGUAGGCACUACUUUCUAAUGCUCAAAGACAAUCAUUUGAAUAGUUUGAGUCCAUUGCAGUCCAUUCGUCUUUAUGAUUAAGUGGUUUAGACUAUCUGGCAACACGGGACAUUGUUGUGUCUGUUUUGCGCAUGCGCACAAAUGUUGUAGUAGACGGUUAAAAAGUAACCUGCCGUUCCGGUACUGUUGUGAAGCAGGUUGCUUAUUUACAUUGCCUUAAUGGCCGAAAUAGGAAAGACUGACAUUUAUUUAACUCUGUGUUCUUCUUUCAGGUAAUAUAAUGCUACGACAAUGUAACAAAUCACUUUUUUUUUUUUUUUUUACAUACGACUGAAGCGUUAUUUUAUCCCACUCAUCGUUACAAACCCAGUCCAAAAGGUCAUUUAUCAACUGUUACAUCUCAUAAGUUUUGUGAAAACUUGAAGAUAAAUUAAACAUGCUGUGCUUGA